AUGGCGACAAGAACAUACCUCGUUGUCGGGGCCACAGGCCAGCAAGGAGGCUCCGUCCUCGCGGCGCUCAACCGACUCCUGGGGUCUGCUGGCACCGGCAGCCCUGGCCCCAUCAUCCUGGCUCUCACGCGUUCGGCCAGCUCGGCCAAAGCCCAGGGACUGUCCUCCCGUUAUCCCAACCUGGAUCUCACAGUGACCGAGGGCGAUAUCAGGACCCCCAAGCCCAUCCUGUCGUCGCACCCGGGCAUCACCUCGGUCUUCCUGUACACGUCGCCGCCCAGCGAAGAGUCGCAAGCGUUCCCGCUCAUUGACGCGGCCGCCUCAGCGGGCGUCUCGCACAUCGUCUUCUCGUCCGUGGACCGCGGCGGCGACGCCCAGUCCUGGAAGACGCCGACCGACGUCGGCCACUUUCUGCAGAAGCACAACAUCGAACUACACCUGCGCCGCGCGGCCGAGCAGAGCCGUGGCAAGCUGCGCUAUACUAUAUUGCGGCCUACUGCCUUUUUUGACAACCUGAACCCGACGUCGCGGUUCGGGGCCGUCUUCGCCAGCAUGUGGGCGGGCAUGUCGCCGUCGACGCGGCUGCAGCUCGUGAGCGUGCACGACAUUGGGCUGUUUGGCGCAAAGGCCCUGCUGGACCCCGAGAGGUGGGAUGGCAGGGCUGUCGGGCUCGCGGGCCAGGAGAUGACGUUCGAGCAGGCGCAGGAGGUCUUCCGCAACGCGGCAGGCAAGGAGCUGCCGCAGUCGUACUGGAUCGUUGGGAAAGGCAUCAGAUGGGCCAUUGGCGAGGUGGGGAGAAUGUUCCACUUCUUUGAGCAGAGUGGCUAUGGGGUGGACAUCGCGAAGUUGAGGGAGGAGGAGCCAGAGUUGCAGGACUUUGAAAAGUGGCUGAGGGAAAGCAGCAAAUUUGACUUGGAAAGAACAGGGUGA